GACAUGCCUUGGGUCCCUUGACAGGCUUGCAUGAGACUUUGACUUUGCAUGCCAAAUAGACGAGACACCAAGUGCUGUAGGAAGUCUGGUGCUUGUGGUUGGUUGAUGGACCCUAUCAGAUUUCAGUUUCUUUCGCUUGCCAUCAGUUUCAUCUUUUCUUCAGACAGCCCAGGAGCUCCCAGCCAGCCAGGCCUCUCCCUUUGCCAUCAGUUCAGGCACAGCAGUGCCUCCCCCCACCCCAGGAUGGCACAGGAUGUGACCUACGCUGACCUGCGGUUCGUGAAGACCCCUCCGGAGAGGAGCCAGGAGAAAGGUACAUGGAGCCAAGUGGAUCAGAUCCGGAUGCCCCCCUCCGUGACUGACCCCUCGGCUCCUCUUCCAGACCCCGGAGAGGGAGAGCUGACCUAUGAGAACGUCCAGGGACCCCCCUGCCAGGAAGAGAGGACUCCCACUGCCACAGAGGGCACAAAAGGUGAGUGCCAGCCAGGUCUUAACCCACCUGGAUCCUCCACCUGCCAUGAGGAGGAGGAGAAGGACUGGGGGAACCUUAGGCAUUACUUAUGCUUCCAGAGGAGGGGCCACCCACAGAGGGAAAGGAGCCCCACAAAUGAGACUGGCCACGAUUGCAGCAGAGAAGCUUGGGCCUGACAGGGAAUUGGGGGCUGCCUUCAGCUCCCUGUCUCCACACAGCCCUCCCUCCAGGAUCAGGCUUCCUUUGAGGAUUGACCCCAUCCCACAGGAACCCCAAACUGACCCCACUGAGUUUCUCUUGCAGAGUCAGACCAUCGGACCUGGUACGCCAUCCUGGCAUUGUUGGCCACCUGCCUCUUCCUUCUCACCGCCGCCAUAGGACUGGGGGUCCGAUGUGAGUAGCGGGUGCCCCCUGCCCAAGCCCACUGAGCUGAUAAAUGGGGGAGGGGGGAAAGCACCCUUGGGUGUUGCAGGCAUUUGAUGCAGAGCUUUCCCUGGAGCCUGGGCUCAGAGACAGACAGCCUGGCACCCUCCAGGCAGAGGGCCUUCUCGGUGGUGGCACCUGCCCUGUGGAACGCCCUCCCAUCAGAUGUCAAGGAAAUAAACAACUAUCUGACUUUGGCAAGACAUCUGAAGGCAGCUCUCUUUAGGGAAGUGUUUAAUGUUUGAUGUUUUACUGGGCUUCUAAUACAGUGGUACCUCGGCUUAAGUACUUAAUUCGUUCUGGAUGUCUGUUCUUAACCUGAUGCACCACUUUAGCUAAUGGGGCCUCCUGCUGCUGCCACGCCACCAGAGCAUGAUUUCUGUUCUCAUCCUGAAGCAAAGUUCUUAACCCGAGGUACUAUUUCUGGCUUAGCAGAGUCCGUAACCUGAAGCAUAUGUAACCUGAGGUACCACUGUAUUUUGUUGGGAGCUACCCAGAGUGGCUGGGAAAACCUAGCCAGAUGGGCAGGGUGUAAAUAAAAAAUUAUUAUUAUUAUUAUUGACUCCAGUUCCCAUCAGCCCUGGCCAGCAUGACCAGUGAUCAGGGUCAAGGGGAGCUGGAGCCCCACAACAUUGGGAGCGCACCUCAUCGUCUCCCCCGAUGUAGGAAGCAUUUGUAUAAUACAUAAGACAUGCAUAGCCUGUGUUUGCAUAUCUCUGAGCAGCAGUUCCGUUGGGCUAAGACUGCCUGUGUGUGCCCCCAUCCAACAGAAGCUGGCUCCUCUCUGCCACGCUGCCUGCCUGGCACCUGAACAUCCCUCCCCCUCCUCCUCCUCUUCCUCUCAUGUUGCCCCUGCUUGUGCUCUGCAGACUGGCAGGUCUCACGGCAGCUGCAGCAGGCGACUGAAGAUGGCAGUGCCCUGGAACGGAGAAUGGGCUCCCAGGAGGGCAGCCUGGCCCAGACCCAGGCCCAGCUGGAAGAGGCCCAGGAGGAGCUCCACUCCACCAACGGGACCCUCCGGAGCUGCCUGGCUGCCGAGAACCGGACGCAGGAGCAGCUGAGGCAAGCCAACCAGAGCCUGAUACUCACGCAGCAGGAGAAGGAGAAGCUGCAGCAGGAGAAGGAGGAGCUGCAGCAGCAGCUGGUCCAGACCAAGAAGAGUUUGGAGGAAGCCAAAUCUUGCCAAAACAUUGGUAUGCCUGUUGCACUCUGCUCAGGAGGCUGGCAAGGCUGACAGGGCACCCCUUGUGUCCUUUCGCUUCACCUGCCCCUGUGGUGUUGGACUUAGCUGAGCUCAUAGGUGGGAAUGUUCAGGGAUGCAGGAGAGGAUAUAUUGUCUGAUUAUAUCCUUUUCCAACUUGUGUUAACAAGUUCCACAAUUUAGCAGAGUAACAUUCCCCCUUUUAAACUUGCAGCGGAUGCUUUUGCUCAGGCUUGCUAAAGCCUCUAUAAUAACUGUUCGGGUAUUUUCCCCUUAUUCCCUCAUAAAAGAUAAGACAAGACACAGUCUUCUAUAAAAGUAUAAAAAGGUUUACUCACACAUCAUUCUGUUCACAAUUGGAUCCCAGAAGGCAGACUUAGCUUAGAAAAGUAACAUAUACCUGGAAACUAUCUCAUAAGGAGACAGUCCCUCUGGAAGCCAAGAGAGCAUCUUUGGCUAAGCAGAUGUUGCUUCUUUGAUGCAUGUAGUCAAAGAGAGAGAGAUGGCUGCCCUGCCCUGUGCUUUUUGCCGUUACCUGCACAGGUGAGGCCACGCCCACCUCUCAUCACAUGCAGAGGAAGUCUGUCUCAGCCCAGAAGGAAACAGGAAGUUGACCUGCUGGCUGGACAAACAUUCCUCCCCAUGUGUAAACAUGUUCACUCUAGGAAUGUUGUACUUGACUGCUCUUGUGUUUCACAUCCCACACGUUUGGCAAGAGCUCAAAGUCUGGCUUACAUUUUACUUUCAUCAUCCUUCUCCAUCCCAUUUUCCUUUAAUGAUAGUAGUUGAAUUUGCCAUCCAUGUCUUUCCUAAAUUCCAGCUGAAAUCCUUUGCACACUUGCCCUAUUGAACACGUUAAAGCCUGAUUCAGAGUAAAGAUAGCUGCAGGGAUGUGGGCACAGGCAGGAUUUUUGUUAGGGGGGCAGAACUGACCUGAUUGCUCAGCUAGUUAUGUAUUUCUAUUGUUUUACUUGAUCUAGGGGAGAAGCUGCCCCACCUUGGCUGUGCCCAUAGCAGGGUAGGAGGCACCACAUGGCACAGCCUUGAGUGCCUUGGAAGAAGGGCAGGGUUUUAAAAAAUAUCACUAACACAUGAGGAGAAUCAGGCUACACUCUGUACGCUUUGGCUGCAACUCCCUCCAUUAUGUGCAGAAGAAUGAAAGUCCCAACCCUUCCUCUGGGUUAGAGCCAAGCACCCGAGGAAAUAUAACAGGAAGGAAGGGCCUGAAAAGCAAGAUGAUCACCGCAACACCAUAGUGGCCUUUGACUGGACCUAAUUGUCCUGGGGUCCUUUACCUUUUACCUGUCCCCAUAGCCCAUCCUGUGUGGACAUGAUUCACGUCAUCUACACAGGUGGAAAGAAUGUGGCAACUGGGCAACUUUCCGUGUGUGCAUCUGCCUGCACUCAGGUCCGUCCUAUCAGUCUCUGCUCAGCGGCUGGCAUGGUCUGCCACGCGGUCUGAACUGGGCCCAACACAGAUGCUUUUUGGAGGGUCCUUGCCUCUGGAUUGGCAACAUGCACCCUCUCUCCCUCAUAGACUCUCAGCCCAUGGAUUGGGGACAGAUCUGGGUCCCACUGGAAUGGGUCCACCCUAAGCCGGCCUGAGACCACGUGGCUUUCAGCUUAAUGCCUUCCUUUGACCUUCUCUUGUCUUCCUUAGGCUGCUGUCCCCGUGGAUGGAAUCUCUUCAGGUGGAAAUGCCUGUGGAUUUCAAGGGAAAUGAAGAGUUGGGACGAUAGCCAGGAAGCCUGCAGGAGGAAAUCAUCUCAGCUGCUUGUUUUGAAGCCCUGGAGUGCAAAAGAACUAUGGGAUGCCACAGACAUUGAUAAGGUAAUACCUUUGGGGUGCCAAUGUCUCAGACUUUAAGGAAGGGGGCUUCUGGUGCAGGGGAGUCAUGUCCAGAGUCUAACCGUUACAGAUCAUGAAGAAAUAUCCACCAGGACAGGGAGGCCUGUGCCCUGGGCAGGGGUCAACCUGGCCACUCCCCAGAAAUGACCCUGGCUGCAGUGUGACCUAGAAGUAAAGGGUGGGAAGCCAGAGAGGCAGCGCACGAUGGAAUCCAAGGCAGCUGUGAAGCCCUUCAUCAUAGGCUCAGGUUGCAUAUUAUUAGAAGUUACUAACCAUAACAGCUUCCCAAAGUGUCUAGCAAAGUUUCCCUGGUGGCAGACGAGAAGAACCGUAGCCACUCAAAUGCACAGUCAAGAAUUACUUUAUGCAAGCAUUUGGUUAUACAAGCAUUUCCAGUUACUAUUAUCUACAAACUAUUUACAGUCCUUCUUCCUCUCUUCGUCAUGGUAUACUUUCAGUCUAGUAGUAAACAGUCCUGAUACAGCAAACUCAUAGUAUCAGCAGCACACUUCCCCAUAUAUCCAAACCAGCUGUAAGCAUGCGUACUAACAGCGUAUGUGUGCUCUCCUCGUGCCUCACAUUGUAAACUCAUCUUCCUCCUUUUUAAUUCCAUCUCCAGUGACACCAAUUAAGCUUGGAGUGCCACUCCUACACAUUGAAGAAACUUCUGGAACACUUUUUUUAAGUUUCCAGGAACUGUUAAUCUGUUUCGUGAAGAAUGUAUUCCUAACACAUAUAUGUGCACUGCAAAUAGACCAUAUGUCAUAAAGACACCACAGUCUCCUCUGUGCCUCAUUUCCAAAAGGAGACACAAAGCCCGGGUGAGCGCCUGGAACCCUUGGGAUCUCACACCGCUCAGAGAUUGGGGCUCAAAGAUGCAACAGUAGACCUUGGCUGGAGAUAAGAUCAGCCAACUCUCCAGUCCCAGAGCUGGGAAGGGGUGUUGUGGAGGAUUCUGGGAUGGGUGUCCUGUGGACUAUUAGUAACUGUAUUGGUUCUGCAUAUAUGAGCCUCUUAAAAAGGGAGGAAGGAGAGAUCCAUUGGGAAGGAGGUUUUUCCCCGUUAAUAUUUUAUUCUUUCUUCUAGAGUGAUCAAUACUGGAUUGGACUUGGAAAAGGCUGGGGCUCCUGGAAAUGGAUCGAUGGUAGGGGCUUUGAAGAGUAAGUGGAAGAGAGACUGUACCUUUGCUACCCAUCAAGUCAGAUUUGCUUGGGCUGAACAGAGCAGAGUUUCCCCCGUCAGCCCCCCCCCCGAAUCUGCACCCUGCAGCCUUUCCCCUUCUUUUAGGGCUCAUCCCCACAGAAACACACUCUUUACCAAUGGAAACAAUUCCGCAGAAAACCCAGGUUGACAUUAGCUCCAAUUCACUGGUCAAGACUGGGAUUUCCUGGGGGAAGUUGCAGGGCAAAAAAGAAAGAUGCUGAAACAUGGACUGGGAAAGUGUGGGUCUGUGCCUAGAAAGUGUGGGGCCAAAGGGAAGUCUGGGUGAGUCCAUGGAGAGUCAAACCACUGGUUGCUUGAGGCUGACGUCCUCCACUGAGGAGCAGCAGCAGAUUUCUCCGCUUGCCUCAAGCCAUGCAGAACCCAGACUUCUCUAAAUAAAUAAAUAAAUUGUCCAGCAGCACCUUAGAGGCCAGCUCAGUUUGUUCUGGGGAUAAGCUUUCGUGUGCAUACACACUUCUUCAGAUACCUUUGUUCUGGGUAUAAGCACACGAAAGUCUAUACCCAGAACAAACUUUGUUGCUCUCUAAGGUGCUACUGGACAAUUUUUUUAUUUAUUUCGACUGCGUCAGACCAGCACGGCUACCUACCUGAAUCCAGACUUCUCUGUACGCACAUCAAGUGAGGCAUGAUCAGAGUUUUGCCCCACCCCUGCUCUUUCGGCAAAACCAGCAAGCUCAGAUCCAUAGUGGUGCAGUGAUAGGGUUGCCGUUUCUUGAAGUGCAAAAAAAGAGGACAGCCCGAGCCUCUGCCAGCCCGAGCUGGGGAAAGAGGCGUGCCAGAGUGUGGGACAGUGUGCCUUUUUUCCUGGCUCGGGCUGACAGUGACCACAGUGUGCAGAGCAGCCCAAGUCCAAGUCGCUGCCCAAACCUGGACAUUUCCUUUAACAUUUAAAAAUUCCCCAAAGAGGACCCUAUGAUGGAGCAACCUCCCUUUGCUAAUUUAAUGGCUUGAAAUGGGUGGUGGAUGCUUUCUGAAGGGGAGCUGAUGGUUGGGGAAGAUCUGGAGAUGUCUCUAGUGUUGGCCACCAGAGCUUUGAUUUAGACACACACACACACACACUGGUCCUGCCUGAGGGGAGGGAUUGAUGAGUGUGUGCGUGUUGGGGCAUUAGAGGUAGCAAAACUGAAGGCAUCUAGGGGCGCAGAUCCCACCUCACCCUGGCAUCUGAUGUGGGGCAGUAGAUCUGCUGAAUGCUGGGAGCACUGGCACUGCUUAUGAUCUACUUAUAUAUUAACAAAUGCACUCCAGGAACUUCUCGCCACGGGGGGGGGGGGUAUUGAGUGCCAAACAAUAUUUAUCCCAGGUGAAACUGAGCCAUUUUUGAGGUUUUCUGGAAAGUCUUUUUUUUUUCAAAAGUGUGCCCAGCCUAUUCAGAACAAAACCUUUCCAGGACAAUAAUUUGGGAGCAAAGCAAUAAUUCAGAUACGAAAUCAGUCCAAGUGACCCUGAAGGUUCUGCUCUGCCUCCACAGUCUCUGAACUCCAGGGGCUGGAAAGGACAUGAGGGGAGCAUUGCUUUGGAGCGUACCGUUGGGGGCGUCCGAUGGGCCACUGUGAGACCAGGAUGCUGGGCUAAUUUGCCCCCCUCCCUUGCCCUGACCUGGUAUGUAAAUUGGGCAGUGUGUGUGAGAGUGGAUCUGGCUGAGGAACCGGAUUAGGCCAAAUUUGACCGGUGCCCCCCCACCUGCUGAUGUCACAGUGACCUCAGGUGAGCAUUUUUUGGCUAUACAUCCAUCAUCCUCAGUCAGCAUGAAUGAUGGACAGGGUUGGUGGGAGAGCUGAAGCUCAGAAACUCAGAUAACGAUGAAUGGUGAGGAGGGAUUGGGGCUUUGUGCCUUGACUGUCAUCUUUGUCUUUCUAGAACUGAAAAUAUUGGGACUUGUAGCAGUUUUAGCGGCAACUGCCUUCAAAUCAGCAACGGAGCCCUGCAAUGGUGUUCCUGUUCAGAAAGAAUCAGAUACAUCUGCGAGAAGAACGCUCAAUAACCACAGCCAGUGUGAGCUCAGUAGGGCCAAAAUAUGUCCAAAGACCCCCAACAGGCAAGGCCUUCUCUUUCCCAGCAAUGAACCCCCUUCCUGCCCUCAGGCCUAACUUUUCUACUACAUACACUGAAUGUGUGUCUUGUGCUACUUGUAACAGCCAUGGUCCCCCCAUCCAUGAAUCCUGCGAACCAUAGUUUGUUGGGGUGUGGAGAGACCCCCUUCACAGAGCUACAGUUCCCAACUGUGUUGGCAUCGCCAAAGAAGAAGAAGAAGAAGAAGCUGUGGCUGUAGACACCAAUAAGGGAGAGACAUGUUUUGCUGCAGGUGGGGCAGAGGAAGGUGCCCACUUGUGUUGCUGCAGAUGCACAGGGCGUUCCUUCUCUCUUUGCUCCUCCCAGCGGUCAUUCCUCUUCUGGUCACUGCUGUGGAUACACACCUUCUGGUUUGCUAGUAAAGACGAAUUACUGUGUUGCAAAACGAUGCAUGUCUAAAAAGUGUGUCACCAACAAGACCAGUUUGGAAAGCUGUGUCUUCCAGUGUCAGACUCUGAAUGGUUCCCUUCAGAGAGGGGCCUCCUCUCCCUCUUCCUCUCCCUCUCCGAGUCCGGAGGGUCAGGGGAAACAUUUACAAGGUGACACAGCCUCUAGAGGGCCACUGCCAAAUCCAUUUACAGUGGGACCUCAGGUUACAUACGCUUCAGGUUACAGACUCCGCUAACCCAGAAAUAGGACCUUGGGUUAAGAACUUUGCUUCAGGAUGAGAACAGAAAUAGAGCUGCGGCGGCACAUUGACAGCGGAGGCCCCAUUAGCUAAAGUGGUGCUUCAGGUUAAGAACAGUUUCAGGUUGAGAAUGGACCUCCGGAACGAAUUCGGUUCUUAACUCGAGGUACCACUGUACUGGAUCUGGAACGAAAGGAAAGUGUGGUUUAUGGUGAGCUGCAAAUGGCUUUAUUCUCUCUCUACUCGCAGGAAAGUCUUGUUCUUUUUGCUUCAUUUCAUUAUUCAGAUUAUUGCUUUUUGUGUUUCUGAUAUUGUAUUAUGGUUUGUUGUUGCUGCUUUUUGCUUCGUAAGAUCACUCAGGAAAAUGUUACUUUCAGGCAACCGUAUAACAAAUUUUAUUUAUAAUUAUGAAGAUUAUACUCUUGUUAAUAAUAACAAUACGAAUAAUAGUAAUAAUAAACAUAAGAUUGGACC